AUGAGUGACGUGGAUAAGUGGAUAGAGAUCGCGAAGAGGUGUAAAUAUUUACCUGAAGAUGACUUGCGGGAGCUUUGCAAUAUUGUUUGUGACUUGUUGUUGGAGGAGCCCAAUGUACAACCGGUGCAGACACCUGUAACUGUCUGCGGUGAUAUACAUGGCCAGUUUUAUGACCUCGAGGAAUUAUUUCACAUAGGGGGCCAAGUGCCCAAUACAAAAUAUAUAUUUAUGGGCGACUAUGUGGACCGCGGCUACUACAGCUUAGAAACACUCACACUACUUAUGGCACUAAAGGCGAGGUAUCCAGACAGAAUAAUCUUACUUAGGGGUAAUCAUGAGACUUGUCAAAUUACAAAGGUGUAUGGCUUCUACGAUGAGUGUCUCAACAAAUAUGGGAAUGCUAAUGCAUGGAAGGAUUGCUGUAGAGUGUUUGAUUUGCUAACAGUGGCUGCUCUAAUAGACGAGACAGUUCUGUGUGUGCAUGGAGGGCUGUCCCCAGAGAUUUCCAUGUUAGAUCAAAUUAGAUGUAUUGACAGAAAUCAACAAAUACCUCACAAAGGAGCUUUCUGUGAUCUUCUGUGGUCAGAUCCAGCUGAUGUCAAGAUGUGGUCUGUGAGCCCAAGAGGUGCAGGAUGGUUGUUUGGUAGUUAUGUCACAGAGCUUUUUAUGAAUUACAACAAUUUGAAUUUAAUCUGCAGAGCACAUCAGCUAGUAAAUGAAGGUUUCAAAUACAUGUUUGAUAAACGUCUGGUGACAGUGUGGUCCGCGCCCAACUACUGUUAUCGCUGCGGCAACGUCGCCUCCAUAUUAGAGUUCAAUACAGUAAACGACAGAGUCCCUAAACUGUUCCAAGCAGUUCCUGAUAGUGAAAGAGAAGUGCCGCCACAACAUACUACGCCUUAUUUCCUGUGA